GUUUCGGCUCCUGGAGAAAGGCAGCCCAGAAGCCAGGGCUGUCUCCACCGGCUCCAGCUCUGGGAAAAAGAAAGCCGAAGAGCUCAGGAGCACCAGCCCCACCAAAGAGCAGCAGCCUGGCAAGCGCCUGCAGCAGCGCCAGGAGCUGUGUCUGCCCGCGCUGCCCAACGCAGGCACAGGCAGCAGGUGGCAAGGCCCGGCAAAGCAGCCUGCUGCCAGAUAUCAGCCGCCAGAGGCAAAUGAGAACGCGAAGGUCAGCACCGCGUACAAACUGGUUCAGGACCGCUGGAAGGAAAGGGUGGAGGAAAUCCAACAGAAGCAGGAGGAGGACAAGUCUCGCCGAGCAGCCAGUCUCCUGGUGCACAGCCAGGAGAUGGAGAAGGAGGGGCAGGUGAACGCUUGCUCGCAGCCUGUGGACGGGCUUUCUGACACACGGGAAGAUGGCAGUGAGCUCCACACCAGCAACUCCUUCUACAACCUGUGGCAACCGGAGGUGACGCAAGUGGAGCUCCUCAAGGAUGCCAGGUCCAAGUGGGAGGUGCUGGAGAGGCUCUACACCCAUGCACCCAAGAGGGAGAGUGAGAUGGCAGCCAGGAAGAGAGUGCAGAGAGCAUGGCACAAGGAGCAGGAGGAGUGCAGUGAGGAGGAGGUGGAGGAUGACGGAGAGAGUUUCCAGUGGGAACAAAUGGAGCAUGAGCUGGGUCACCCCAAGCCGCAGGAGCAUGUUGGGAGACACAGGUUCCUCCUGUGCCUGACGGUACUGGUGUCCUCUAAGCCCAAGGAGCAGGAGAAGACACCGUCUGCCCUCAAGAACACACCAGAGGCAGAGGCAGCUGAACCAGAAGAAGGACCCUCGGAAGUCCCAGUGUGGCAGUGUGAGGAAUGUGAUCGCAAGUUUAAGACCAAGAGCAGCCUCUCUCAGCACAAGAGACAUGUGCAUCCCGUCAGGAGGAACCUGGAACGAUCGAGCAGUCUCUCCCUAAAGGACAGGGUUUGA